GCACUUCCGUCCAGGUUUAGCUUUUCCGCGAGCCCGGGCCGCGGCUUUCGGGCAUGGGGUCCGCAGGCCUAGCGCGGCUGCAUGGGCUCUUCGCGGCCUACAAGCCCCCGGGGCUAAAAUGGAAGCACCUGCGGGACACCGUGGAGUUGCAGCUUCUGAAGGGUCUCAAUGCUGGGAAGCCUCCUGCCCCUGAACAGCGUGUUCGCUUCCUUCUGGGCCCCAUGGAAGGCAGCGAAGAGAAGGAGCUGACCCUCACAGCCACCAGUGUGCCCACCCUCACCGACCAUCCGCUGGUAUGUGGACCAGCAUUCACCAGCCUGAAGGUUGGCGUAGGACAUCGGCUGGAUGCCCAGGCUUCUGGGGUGCUUGUGCUCGGCGUGGGACGUGGACGCAGGCUCCUCACCGACAUGUACAACGCUCACCUCACCAAGGAUUACACAGUACGCGGCCUCCUGGGCAAAGCCACAGAUGACUUCUGUGAGGACGGGCGGCUGGUGGAGAAGACAACGUAUGACCACGUGACCAGAGAGAAGCUGGACCGAAUCCUGGCCCUGAUCCAAGGUUCCCAUCAGAAGGCCCUGGUGAUGUACUCCAACCUCGACCUGCAGACCCAGGAAGCCUAUGAGAUGGCCGUGAGAGGCUUGAUCCGGCCCAUGAACAAGUCCCCGAUGCUGAUAACUGGCAUCCGAUGCCUCCACUUUGCACCUCCGGAAUUCCUCCUAGAGGUGCAGUGCAUGCAUGAGACGCAGAAGCAGCUGCGAAGGCUGGUGCAUGAAAUCGGCCUAGAGCUGAAGACCACUGCUGUCUGCUCCCAAGUGCGGCGGACACGUGAUGGCUUCUUCACCCUGGACGAUGCCCUCCUGAGGACCCAGUGGGACUUAUACAGCAUCCAGGAUGCCAUCCAGGCCGCAGCCCCCCGGGUGGCAACAGAGCUGGAGAGGAGCUUGAGGCCAGGUCUGGGCACCCAGCAGCUCCCCGGUCCAGACCAGCCCCAGGACUCGAAGGGGCCCAGCUCUGCCUUGUUGCUGGAGAGCUGUGCAGGGCAUUGAAAGGCCAGGCAGUUGGUGGGGCAGUGGGUGGAUACAGAUAAGAAUUGUUCACGAGCCGGAACUGAUGACUGUACAGAAAGGGAGAGUAGGGGAAGUGUUUCUACAUGUAACAUAAAACUCUGAAGCUGUAAGAGAAAAAAUCAACAGACUUGACCCCAUUGAAAAGGAAAAACCUCUGUAUGGAGGAAAGACGGUAAAUGAAUGACAGACUGAUAAAAAUAUUUGUAAUAUGUUUAACUAAGAACUAAUAUCCGUGAUAUAUA